UCACUGGAAAAUGGAUGACGAUGACUUUGGAGGCUUUGAGGCGGCAGAGACCCUUGAAGGUGGAAAUGGUGAACCACAGGCGACUUCUCCAGCUAUUCCUUGGGCAGCAUUUCCUUCAGACGUUCUCCAGGACGAGGCUGCAGCUGCGACUUCUGCCUGCUUUGUCCCUGCCAAUCCAUUAACUUCAUCAGAUGAUACUGUGACAGAUAGUCAACUGUCAUCCACUACUUUAAAUCUGCCUGAUCUCAAAGAACAGGCUCCGUUAUCAAUUGGUCUUUGUUUGGAAGUACCAGAGUCUACUUUAUGUCUGCCUGAAGAUUUAAAAGCAACUGAUGAUGGCGAUGAUAAUGAUGAAAAAGUGGGAUUAAAGGAAUCAAAGAAUCGUCUUCAACAAACACUUGCAAGUCUAGAAGUUAAACUCAAAGCAGCUGACGAAGAAAAAUAUAAAAUAAGAAAGGAGUUGGAAGAUUUGUUGGAAAAAUACAGGGUUCUGGAAACUGAUUUCCUGAAAGACAAGGAGGAUAAAUUAAUUUCACACCAAGAUAGGUACAGCGAGCUCCAGGAGAAGCAUAAACUUGAGUUGGAAGACAUGCGAAGAAGUGGACAUGAGGCCUUGGCUAUUAUUGUAGAAGAAUUCAAGGCCUUACUACAGUCCACGGUUCAGCAGCGAGAAGAAGCGGUUGAAAAACAAUAUUUAUCUGCGAUAGAAAGACAAGCGCAGAAGUGUGAAGAACUCCUUACUGCUCAGCAUCAAAGGCUGCUUGAUAUUCUGAAUAAGGAGCGUGAAGUGUUAAAGGGAAAAAUAGAAGAAUCUUUGAUGCAGCAAUCGCAGGAAUAUAAGGAAAUUCUGGAAACAUGUAUGGCAGAUGAAAGGCAAAACAAUAAGGAGGCUCUGGCCACAGCUGCAAAGAUUGAAAAAGAAAACGUGCAAGCUGCCGUUCUGAUAGCGGUGAAAGAAGAAAGGGAAAAUAUGGAAAAGCUUCAUGCAGAAGAAAAGGAGCGGUGGCAACUGGAGCGAAGCAAAGAUCGCGAAAAGAUUGCUCAAGCAGUGGAGGAUGCAAUGCAAGAGCACAGGCAAAACAGUCAGGAGACUAUAAAGGCAGCAAUCAUAGAGGAGCAAAAGAAAAGUGAAAAAGCUGUCGAAGAAGCUGUGAGGCAAGCAAGGGACGAGCUAAUGGAAUAUAUCAAGGAGCAGAAAAGGCUUGAUCAAGUUAUCCGUCAACGUAGCCUAUCCAGUUUGGAACUGUUCCUCUCAUGUGCGCAGAAGCAACUGAAUACUUUACUACAGGACGAACCUCCAACUACAGCUGCAGAACAAACUUGCCUUCUCCCUUAA